AUGGCGACGAUCGAUCGGACUCUAGACGCAGACAAGAUGCUGACUCUCGUCUGCUACGACGACGACGCUGCUGGGCUGCUCUACCACCGCCGUGUCUUGUUCACCAAGGUGGCUGAUGGUCGGUGGAUCAGAGGGUCCCCAGACGGAGGUGACUGUGAGGGGGACUUCAAUGGGGUUGAUGUGCGGCCGCUGGCUCCGAGCGAGUCCCUCCAGGUCGUCCCGGAUGCGACGAUGUAUGUGUUUCGAGGGCCGCUACGAACAGCUGCUCGGAUCGCCACCAUGCACGAGCAGGCGCGCGAGGUCACUGAGGUGCUGGGAGCUGUUCCUGCACCAGGGGCGGGGGGCGUGGUUGGCCCCAGCUGGCGUGUGGCGGACUCCCCGUCGGUUGAGUUCGAUCAGGUCGUCACUGCCCCGAGGCUCGCCGACUCCACCGAUGAUCGCGAAGAUGGUGUCAGAGUUCAGGGGUUGGCUCUCAUCGACGGCAACGCCCAGCUGGUCGAGUUUGUGAAGGACUCAGACCACGAUGCGAGGUUGGCUCGGAAGAGGGGCCGGCUGCCUGGCGGAGCUUCGGGCGACCUGCGGCUGCUUGGCCAUUUCUUGAACUCCGCGCAGAGGCAGGCGCUGCCGCUGUCGGAAGCGAUGGAGCUGAUGACGCCCGAGGCCUCGGCAGGUCGGCCUCAUCCUGGGCCAGAGGCUAUCCAGGAGUUUCUCGAGUCGGACCCUGGGAUCGGCGGUGACCUUCAGGUGUGGCUCGACGCUCUCAUGCAUAAGUCUGGGGUCAGCGAGAACUCGUUCGUGGCACGUGCGCUUCGGGACCGUGCCCAGGUCGUGAGGCUCGAGAUCGGCUGCGACCAGAUCGGGUCGACCAACCUCGCCUGCAUCGAUCAGGCGGUGCUCGGGUUCAACGCGAUCCAGGAGGUUCAACGUGAUCCCAGCUCCGCAGGCCUGAGCAUCGGCACUUUCGGGUCUUACGACGAGAUCGGCGGGGCCCGCUUGCACGGCUACGACACCUGGCCCGGCCAUGGGCAGAAGGAGGAGGCCAAGACGAUGGAGGUCCAGCGGAAGUGGCGUGAGGUGCUGGCCGCCGAGCGCCGCUGUUCUGACGAUCGAGAUGGGCCUCCCGACCUGAAGUCCGAGGCGAAGGCAAAGGCAAAUGACCUGUGCUGCGUUGGGGAGAAGAAUCUCGCCCCGUAUCAGCCCGAUCUUCUGAAGGUCGUGAAGGGCAAGACGGUGCCGAAGCCCGCCGUUGGUUUGCUGCCGCCCGAGGAGGCGGCCUUCUUGAUUGAUCCAGAUAGGUACCUCGUUCGGUCGCAACCCGAGAUCGAUGCCUGGAAUGAGAAGCACCCGACUUUCAGGCCUUACUGGGAACCCCCCUUGCGACAGGAUCGGUCGGCGCGGCUCGACCUCUACCGUAAGCUCUAUGGCAAGGGGCUCCUGGGGUUCAGAACUCGUAUCAAGGCGAAGGUGGGGAUAUUCUUUUUGUGGAAGUCUUCUCGUCGUGGGAUCAGGCUCGUCGUGGGCGCCCGGAUGCCGAACGGCCACCACCGCUUGCCGCCGAAGACUAGACUAGGGGGGGCUGGCGCCCUCUCGCAGCUCGACGGCCGGCUCGACCAGGAUGAGCUCGCCAGCUUGGCGCAGGGGUGUGGCCCGAUUGCCGAGGUCCCGAACCUCUCCGCCUGCGUCGGUGACGUGGAGGACGCCUUCUACCAGUUCUCGGUCGAGUCGAUGGCCGAGUGGUUCGGCUUAGACGACCCCGUCCGAUGCUCCGAGUUCGGCCUCUCGCAGAUCUUCGACAACGACCUCGAGAGGCUUCGCCCUGCCCGACCCACGGAGAAAGUGUUUCCUGUCUUUCUUGGGAUGCCGCAAGGCUGGUCCUGGGCCCUGCACUUCUGCACCACCUCAGUGAAGCACUUCACCUCCAUGGCUAUCGGGGGAGAGCAUCGGCUGGUGCAAGAGGGGCUCCCCGCUCCUGAUCUUCGAUCUGGUCCCGUCUCGAGUGUCUAUGUGGAUAACCUUGCCACCGUCGGUCUCUCGGGCUCCGAGGUUUCGUCAGAUUACGCCGCGAUCAAGAGGGAGCUCGAGAGCGUGGGGUUCACGUUGCACGAGGAGGGCGGGGACGCCCUGCUGGUCGAGAAUGUGGGCAUCGUGAUAGACAAGGGUAGGUGCAGCAUUCGUCACAAGCCUGAGAGGGCAUGGCGGUUGUAUCUUGGGAUUAAGUAUCUUCUGAAGUUGCGUCGGGUGACUGGAGAGGCAGUUCGUGUUUUGCUGGGUCAUUGCAUCCACUACCUUGUCCUCCUGAGGCCGGCGAUGUCUGUCUUUGCCCACGCCUAUCGGUUUGUGAACGACAGCCUAGGGCGUACGUGUGAACUACCUGGACAGGUGAAGCGUGAGUUCCGCAUGAUGGCGGGGCUCGUUUUCUUGGCCGAGUCACGGCUGUCCGUUCCGCCUUCGGAUCGAGCCUACUGUGGAGACGCGUCAGGGAAGGGAUGCGCCGUCAUGGACACCCCCAUGGGCCCCGCGGAGUUCCGAAAUCUUACUAGAUGGAAGGAGCGUUGGCGGUUCGUGGAGGUGGAGGGGGAUCGCGGGGACACCAUGAGGUGUGCCGCUUACUCGGUUGGGUGUGGCAUCGACCUGAGGCUCCGAUACAUCGAAUCCGAGCGAAAUCCCGCAGACGAAGCCUUCCUGGAGCUCUACUCUGGCUGUGGGGCUCUGACUUCUGGGAUGGCCGAGGUGGGCCUCAGGGUGUCCGUGCCGUUCGAUAUCGCCGAGGGUCCGGAGUUCAAUCUCGAGAAGCGGGGGGUCCAGGACGUCGUGAUCAGGUGGCUCAACGAGGGCCGCAUCUGGUACUUGCAUCUUGGGACGCCGUGUACCCCGUGGAGUAUUGCGAGGAAGUCUCGACCUGCAAAAUCGUCGGUGCGGGUGUCUCGGGAGCACGUUCGGUUCACUGCAAGGAUGAUCAAGCUCUGCACGGAUCUGAAGGUAUACUUCUCCAUCGAGAACCCCAAGACCUCGUCCCUGUUUAGGCAGCCUGAAAUCCUGAAGGCCUUGGAACACGCGGACGCGUUCUUUGUCGAGUAUGACUGUUGUCGAUACGGAUGUUCAUAUAAGAAGCCGACCCUGCUAGCGACUAAUUGCGAUUCCUUGAACAGCCUGUGUCUGAAGUGUGAAUGUCAGAAGCCUCACGAGAUCCCUCAGGGGAAAGUACGCCCGGCUGUCGGAUGCCUGGCAAGAGGAGCUGCGUCAAGACGUUGGGACCGGUCUCCAACGGCCGCGGCUCGAGCUCGGGCACCUCCCGCGUCGCUGGACCUCGCCCUGGGCCGGGGCGACAGGCGCCUGGGGCACGGGUCCAACUUGCCGCUGCGCGAGCUCAACGUCUCGGAGCGGAAGGCCUACACGGACGCUAACAACAAGUUCGUCGCCUUCGCCCGCCACAGUGGUCUGCCGUUGGAUACCGCUGAUCACGUCGACGAGGCGUUGGAGAGGUUCAUGGAGCUGCUGUUCCUGAGCGGGGAGCCGCAGUCAGUAGCCCGCUCCGCCCUGUAUGGCUUUGCGUGGUGCCAUCCUGGGAUGCCUCACAAAGAUCGGAGGCUCUACAUCAGGAGCCGUGCUGCGCUCGCUGGAUGGCGGAACCUUGAGCCGGGCGGGACGCGCGAUCCAGCUCCUCUCGAGAUCGCGUGGUGGAUCGCUGACGACUUGCUCCAGCAUGGUCUGGCGCUUGCCGCCUUUUUAGUCGUCCUGUGCUUUGACUGUUAUCUGCGGCCUGGCGUGGGAUGCACCCUGCGCCGUUCUAACGUCAUGCCACUGGCUGCUGCAGUUCACGAGGUUUAUGAUCGCUGGUGCCUCCGACUGUCCCCAGCCGAAUCAGGCCAACCCUCGAAGACCGGCGCCUACGAUGACAGCAUCGUGGUCGGCGAGGUCGCUGGACGGGAAUGGAUCGCUCGAGCUUUGGCGAUCAUCUUCCCUCACGUCCAGUGUGAUCAUUUCAUCUUCCCUUUCGGACUUCGAGAGUUCGAGAAAUGUUUCAAGGAUUCGGUUGUGCGGCUCGGCAUCUCGCAUCUCCGUCUGUCACCCCACUGCCUACGCCACG